AUGUGGCUUAUUCACAAUAUCCUGCCGGGCUCCCUCCCCUCCCCUCGGCGCCCUCGCGGUCCCGCCUCCCCCGGGAAGGACGACUCGGCGGCCCACGCCCUGGGCACCUACGUGUCCAGUGCGCGGCCACACCUGCCCAGCCUGCCGGGCCGCCGGGCGGGGGCGGGGAGCAGAAGGGAGGAGAAGAGGAGCGACCCCGAGGAGCCCGAAGAGCGACGCCAGGGCCCGGGGACGGACGGCGGCAGCGGCGCGCUGGCCAGGACCCCGCCGCCGCCGGAGAAAAAUAAGCAGGUCCUGGUACUAGGCCUGGAUGGAGCAGGAAAAACCAGCGUCCUCUCCUCCCUGGCUUCGAACAGAGUCCAGCACAGCGUGGCCCCCACCCAAGGCUUCAAUGUCGUCUGCAUCAACACUGACGACAGGCAGAUGGAGUUCCUGGAAAUUGGUGGCAGUGAACCUUUCCGUUCCUACUGGGAGAUGUGCCUGCCCCGGGGAUGGCUGCUCAUUUUUGUGGUGGACUCCGCAGAUCACAGCAGAUUACCCGAAGCAAGGAAAUACCUACAUCAACUAGUUGAAGCAAACCCAGUCCUCCCUCUGGUCGUGUUUGCACACAAACAGGAUCUCGAAGCAGCCUAUCACAUUACAGACAUCCACGACGCUUUGGCCUUGUCUGAAGUGGGAAACGACAGGAAGCUGUUCUUGUUUGGGACUCAGGUGACUCACAAUGGCUCAGAGAUACCCUCCACCAUGCAAGAUGCCAAAGACCUGAUCGCACAUCUGGCCGAGAAUGUGUAGGGACGGGGACCUGGCCCACUGCACAGCUCACCACCUCCUUGUCACCCGUGCUGAAGGACAGGCGUAGGCCAAAGGUUUCCAUUUUCAAAUAAAAAAUGAGCCAUUUCCUAUUCUCUCAAUGCAUCGCAUGCAUACAAGGAGGGUGCUAAUUCA